AUGUCUUAUUUAUCAGAUCGUCAAUACGGUCGUUUGUCUCAUCGGUCAUUUUUGUUGAAAUUGAAAAACUCUUCGUCAAUAACUAAACGAUUGACUCUCGAUUGUACAUUAAAUGUUCAUCGUGGUUGUGUUAAUACGAUUUGGUGGAAUGAGCUUGGUACAACCAUUCUUUCCGGUUCCGACGACCAAAACCUUGUUGUUACAAAUCCCUAUACACGAAAGGAAUUAGUCAAAGUUCGAAGUGGUCAUCGGGAAAAUAUUUUCUCAGCGAAGUUUCUUCCUGAAUCAAACGAUAGACGCGUUGUUUCCUGUUCAGGCGAUGGUGUCAUCUUUCAGACGAACUUUGAUCGUCCGCCAAACACUUACUCGCAUGAAGGAUGUUUUACAUGCCAUGGAUCAUCAACCGCAUAUGAAGUUCGUACCUUUCCACAUACGCCAAAUUUAUUUUUAUCAUGUUCUGACGAUUGUACCAUUCGCUUGUAUGAUUUGAGAACAAAGAGUCACUGUCUGAAGGAUCCAUGUAAUGAUGAUAUCUUGAUUCGAAGUAAUUGGGGAAUAACAUCGAUCGAUGUGAAUCCGAUGAAUUCCAAUGAAAUUAUUUGUGCUUGUGCCGAUUCAUCAAUUCGUCUAUAUGAUCAACGAAAACUGUCUACACAAUCAUCAUCGCUAACCACAUCCUUGCGCGAACGAUGUGAUCUAUCAACAAAAGGUCUUCUAGCAUAUUUUAGUCUAACUGAUGCGAAAGACCAACGUCGAUCGCGUAUUACCUCUGCUGUUUUCAAUCCACAUGGAACAGAAGUCUUAGCAUCUUAUUCAUCAGAUUCGAUCUAUCUACUUAAUCCGAAACAAACGACUUCUCAAGAACAAAUUCGAGAACAAUUGCAAGAACAUAUAAACAAGAAACAAAAUAAAUUAAAUGAGAGAGUAGCACAGUCAGUCGCAAGCAAUGCAGCAGAUCAUCAAGAGUCAAAAUUAACUCGCACGAAACGACUACGUCUUCGUGGUGAUUGGAGUGAUACUGAUUCUCGUCCGUCCAAUGAAGAAGAAUCGACACCUGUAAGUAAUCCGUCUGACGAAUCCAGUCAACAACCAUCGGGACGUAAUCUACAAAACUUUUUUAUGCAACGAAUGAGUGAUAUAUUAACACAAUUAGUCACCGGUUCUCAAACAGAUACUGAUCAAACACAAAGUACUACAACCGAUGCAACUUCAUCUUCUUCUCAAACUGAAAAUUCUACCACUGUUCAAUCAUCAACUAGCGUUUCAAAUUCUACCACAGCCCCAUCUGCAAAUCAACAUGAAACUAAUGAUAACGAAUCCGACACAAACAAUGCCUUUGGCUUAAGACUAGAUGAAGACGAUGAGGAUGAUGACCUUGACGAUGACGACGACGAUCACGAACAUCAGCCAGCAGAGAACAAUUAUUCCCAUUCAUAUAGAGAAUCAGCGCGAUCCGUCUCGACCAAAUGGGACCGUUUAAGAAAACGUCGAGAAGCCGAUCGUACUUACGAAGAUCAUCUUUUGAAGAAUAUUCCUAGUUUAGGUUUACUCAACUCCUAUGUUGGCCAUCGUAAUGCUCGAACAAUGAUCAAAGAAGCUAACUUUUGGUCGGACAGUUAUGUCAUGUCCGGUUCAGAUUGCGGACAUAUCUUCAUAUGGAAUAAAUUUACAGGAGAUAUUGUUCGAAUCAUUGAAGCCGAUGAACAUGUUGUGAAUUGUGUUCAACCUCAUCCUCUCGAUUAUCCAAUAUUGGCAUCGAGCGGAAUCGACUAUAAUAUCAAAAUCUUUUCUCCAUUGGCUCAAAUACCAGUCGAUGAUACUGAACUUAUCAAACAAACGGUCAAACGUAACCGUGAAAUGACAGAAGAAUCAUCCAGUACAAUAACUGUUCCCGCGAACUUCAUAUUUCGCAUGUUAACAUCAAUUUACCGUUUAAGACAUGCUGACGACAUGCCGGAAUUCGAUGAUGAUGACGAUGAUUAA